GCAUUCCAGCGCGGCAUGGAGGUGGACGGAGGGCAGUGUGGGCGAGGGAGCGUGCUGGUAACAGAGGCACAGUAGAGGCCGAGGGUGGUACCCGCUCCCUGUGCAUGGGGAGGCCUGGGCCAGGGCUGUUGGGAGCCAUGGAGACCUUCAUGGAAUCGCUCAACAGGCUGAAGGACGCUCAUGACAGCGAGGUCCAGGCCCUGCAGAACAAGCUUCUGGAGCUGAACUCGGAGAGAUGCCGGGACGCCCAGAGGGUGGAGGAGCUCUGUGCCAAGAACCAUCAGCUCCGGGAGCAGCAGAAGUCACUGAAGGAGAACGUGCGUGUGCUGGAAAACAGGCUGCGGGCCGGCCUGUGUGACCGCUGCAUGGUCACCCAGGAGCUGGCCCGGAAGAGGCGGCAAGAGUUCGAGAGCUCCCUCCUGCAGAGCCUGCGGCACGUCUUCAUCCUCACCAACGAGCUGAACCGGCUGCAGGGGGAAAACGAGGCCUUGAAGGAGGAGGUGAAGCGGCUUCGGGGCCUACGGCCCAAGUCCCAGUGCAGAGAGGGCACCUCAGACCCACCCUCACCCCUGCUGCUCCCCUCCCCGGGCACCCGGAAGGCUGUGACCGAGAAGCUACCAGGAGCCCACGAGGAGCCUGAGGACAACCACCCAGGAAAGCCAACAGGGUACAAGACACCUCCAGUGGCCAAAAUCUCCCCAGGAGCCAGCCUGCCUGAGUCACGGACCCUGGACACGAGCCCUCAGCGCAUUUCCAACCAGCUGCAUGGGACCAUUGCCGUGGUGCGGCCAGGGUCCCGGGCCUGCUCCACUGAUCGUGGCUCUGCUGGUGGGACACCCCCACUGCCACCCGCCAGGAGCAGCCCACCCAGCCCGCCCUAUGCACACAGCCUCUCCCUGGACAGCGUCCUGCGGGCCUCCCGGCCCUCUGCCAUGGCCUGCCAGCCCCUGAAGCACUCCCUGCAGGCUGACAACCUCUGCCUCCUGAACCGCCGCCUGCCCCUGCACCUUCGGAGCCCCCAUAGCAGCCCACAGGGCCCUGCCAUAGGCCCUGGCAGCCCCCAGCCACAGGGCCUGAAGGCCAGGGAGACAGAGGCCUGGGUGGAGCCCACAGGCCUGCUAGGCCUUCCUGGCGCCCUGGUGGACCUGCAGGACCCACGGCUGGAGGGGGCACUGCACCUGCUCCUGGCCCAGCAGCUGCGGGCACAGGGACGGGCAAGCAGUGCGAGGCAGAAGGGCCCAACCACCCUGGGGGAGACACCACCCUCCCCACCAGCCGGCUCGGACUCUGAGGCUGAGGUGACCCGAGCAGACUUGACCGGAGGACAACACCCAUGGCCCACAGGCCCAGGCGGCCCCCCGGGGACAGAGGUCACAACUGCACAGGACUGUGUCCCGGACAAGCCACUGGACCUCUCAGAGUGGGGCCGGGGCCGGGAUGCCCCCAGGCCCUCUGGCCAGCCAGGGUCACUCAGUCCCCCAGCUGCCUGUGCCCCCAGCCCCAAGCCUCCCCAGGGAGUGGAGUCACCUGCCCAAUCUGGACCCUGGGGACUCAGCCAUGACAGCAAGGGGGCCAGAGUGCCAGGCCUGGAGGAUGCCCUUACUCUGCUGGACCCCACACACACUGUUCCAGGGCCCUACCGCAGCCUGCCUUCUCCAAGCAGGAUGGGAGAUGAGGUCAGCGGGAGGCCAGAACCACACCCCUGCCCACAGAGGCCUGAUGCCGAUGGCCGCCCAGAGCUCAGCAAGGCUGAAGCACAGCAGCAAGAGUCAGACGAGGUGGACGAGCCAGGCACCCCGGACAGUGAGGUGGCCCUGAGCUCGGAGGAGGCAGGGUCCGCUCAGCGCACACCAGGGGACAGGCCCAGGUGCUUCUGCACCAAGGAGCAGGGCCUGCAAUGGAAGAGGAAGCAGGCCUCAGACCUGAGGGGCAAAGCCUCCAAGAAGCUCUCCCAAGGGAGAAGGAACCCCGGGGAGCCCCCGAUGGUGGGGCCUGGGAGCCCAGGAGACCCUGAGGACAGCAGCCCCUCACCCAGCAGCAGCAGCUGGGAGGAGACCUAGCAGGCCCUGCUCAGGGGGAACAGACUGCCCAGACGUGGCUCCCCACCCGAGUGCCCACAGCCACAACAAACCAUGCCAGCAGCAGCAUAGGGCAGGAGGGGACUGGGUCCUGGCCCACAUCCAGAGGGCCUGGGAAGGCUGAGACAGGGUCUUUGGCUGGUCUUUCGAACCCUUCUAUCUCCACCCAUCUCAGAAAUGACCCACUGGCCCUGCCACCUGAUCCUCACUCCAGCAUCUGCUCCCUUGGAAGAACUAGGGGUCUGGGGGCACGGGUUGCUCAGGCCCCAGCCCAGCCCAGCCCGAUCCCUGCUGCACCCAGACAGCCCCUCCUGCGCGGAGUCCCCACCUUUGACCAUCCCAGACUCCACCUGUGUCCGAGAUCCUCCUGGGAUCCUGCCCACCUGGCCACCCCUUCCCUGAUGGGGCAUGGAGCCCCAGUGGCGGUCUUGGGCGCCCUCUCGUGGAGUCCCACGAAUAGGCGCCAGGGGCGAGAGCAGAGGAAGGCUGGUGGGCUCGCGCCCUCAGAGAGGGUCUCCAAGAACAGGCAGGUGCAGCCUAUACCUGCCUGGCCAGGCCACUCAAGAGGCUCUUGAAUGCAUCCAGGAACGGGGAUGUCACUCUCAGAAGGGCAGGAACAAAACCAGGCCCGUUUGCUGUGGGUUACAAGGAGCAGGGCACACUGGGAGGGCCACAGGGAACAGAACCGAGAAUGGGCACCAGCCGGCACACAGCCCCCUCCUCACUGACACUCCUGAGUCCCUUGCCCCAUAUCUGCCCUCACCAGCCAGCCAGCCAUCUGCAAGACCCCAGGGCAGCUCACUCCGGAUUCCACCCUCCGCACUCAGGGACCUGCUCCCCCAGCCACUGUCACUUUAGGAGCGCCUCCAUGGGAGGACCUUACACAGGUCCCUGGGCCCCACCCCGGCCCACUGAAUCCGGAUCUUCAGGUAGGACUGGGGAUCUCCCAACGGUAACUCCUAGGCACGUGAGGCUUAAGAACCGGCCCUCCAGAACAAAGGCAGGGCGUAGGGCAGUGACUGGGCCGGCAGAAGCCUGCAACAGACUGGGGUAGGGCCCCCACCUUGUUCCCCACAGCCCACCUGCACUGCCUCAACAGGCCAGAGGGACUAAAUUCCCAAGAAGGCAAGUCCAGGGGCGCAUGUAUGUGUGCGCACACGAGUGCGUGUGAAAAAUCUUUCCGUUGUUAAAGGUUGCUUUCAUUUUCCUGAAAUCAAAUAAAACAAAGCUUGUGUGCUCCGUUCACAUCUGGCUUGCA